UGGGUUUGGACUCGACGUCUCCUUUAAGAAGCCUGAAUGCCACCUCUCCUCCUCCACCUCCCUUUCCACGCUCCUCACAUCUCAAAGAGGUGUUAUUGCAUUAAGAAUAAACCAGCCGAGCGAUCAAAGACCCGAAUGGAGUUUGCUUUUCACCUUUUGCCAACGGAAUCCUUGACAAGGAGAUAGUAAAUUAAAACUAGUUUUAGCGCAACUGUUUGGUUACUGGUCGAGAACUGGAUUUCUUUUUUACUGCCAUCCAGACGUUUGUUUAAACUGUGACCAGGAGUAUCUGGGUGGAUUACGAUGUUAUUGUUCAUCACGGGCACUUGACUUGACUUUCUGGAGAGUUUUUAAUGCGGUGUUUGGCGUCCUGCUCCCCGAGAUCUGGAAGUGUUGAGAACGGAGUCGGUGAAACGGAGUCUUCCUCAUGGCGCAACGGUACGAAGAUCUGGUACAUUACGGCAUGGACGCGGUCGGGAUACCGUCUCCGAUGUACGGCGAUCCUCACGCCGCGAGAGCCAUGCAGGCGGUGAGUCACGGGCCGCAGCUGCACGCGCACCAGUACCCGCACCACGCCGCUCCCGGUAUCCCAUCGCCCGUUAACGACGCACUGAAACGGGACAAAGACGCCAUUUACGGACACCCCCUUUUCCCAUUGCUUGCACUAGUUUUCGAAAAAUGUGAACUGGCAACUUGUACGCCGAGAGAAAGCGGCGUUACCGGAGAUGUGUGCUCGUCUGAAUCAUUUGACGAAGAUAUUACAAUAUUCUCAAAACAGAUAAGGGCGGAAAAACCUUACUUCUCGUCGAAUCCAGAUUUGGAUAACUUGAUGAUUCAAGCCAUACAAGUGUUACGAUUUCAUCUGCUCGAAUUAGAAAAGGUGCACGAGCUGUGUGAUAAUUUCUGUCACCGCUACAUUAGCUGUCUGAAGGGAAAGAUGCCCAUAGAUCUGGUGGUCGAUGAUAAAGAGGGGGGAUCCAGAUCGGACGGCGAAGAAUUUACACGCACCCCAGGAGGGGCAGACCAGGUGUGCUGGAGGGAGGAUGAUGCUACAUCUGUACAUUCUUCUGAAGCGGCCGCUGCCUGCAGCAGACACCACAGCUCACACAAUGGAGACAACAGCAGCGAGCACGGUGACUUUCUGGAUCAGAGUGUUGCCUCGCCAAGCACAGGGGAGGAGGAAGACACAGAUAAAGACAGGAAAAAUAACAAGAAAAGAGGGAUAUUUCCCAAAGUGGCAACCAACAUCAUGAGGGCAUGGCUGUUCCAGCACCUCACGCACCCGUACCCCUCUGAGGAACAGAAGAGGCAGCUGGCGCAGGACACAGGACUAACCAUUCUCCAGGUCAACAACUGGUUCAUCAAUGCCAGAAGGAGGAUCGUCCAGCCAAUGAUCGACCAGUCCAACCGCACGGUCGGUCAUAGUGGCCCCUACACUCCUGAUGGUCAGCCAAUGGGAGGUUUUGUAAUGGACGGGCAGUCGCACAUGGGCAUCAGACCACCAGGAGCUCUGGGCGGUCUUGGGGGAGUGAAUAUGGGGUUGGAGAGUCAGUGGCACUACAUGUAACCAUCCACCCUGCCAUUCUGCUUAACACAGCAGACAAGAGACUCGGGCUUGUUGACGUGAGGAUCGAUUCCGGAUUUGGAUAUAAUUUGCCCGUAUUAAACCACAAACACUACAGAUUUAGAGACCUCUCGUCCAAGAUGGCCACCUGGACUCGUGUUCUGUCAUCAACCGUAUUGAAAUGCCUCAACACCUGGAUAUACCUGCCCCAGGCCCGACAGAUUCUUUAACAUGACCUCUCACCUGGAACCAGGUGAUUCUUCCAGUGGCCUUAAAGGUCAAAACAAAGUGUCGCGUUUCCACUCAAGUGCCACCUGUAAUGAAGACUCGUUAUUCUCCACACAAAAGACACGGAGUCUUUUUUGGACAUCUAUGUCACACGUUUGCAGACGGCUGCGUCGGUACCUGUCUGUGAAAAGGUCGAUGAGGACUUCUGCGCGAAGCAAUUCAAUACAGACCCUAUACGUGUAUAUAAUGCUGCUGGAUGUGUCAGAUGUGAUGCAGUAACGGUCUCCAAAGAAAGGUUCACAUGCAAGUUUUCCUCUGAUAUGUUUGGGACUUUUACUGAUGAUUGUUAAUGUUCUGAAUUUGACUGACAUGAACGGAGUUGUAUUUUCACACUAUGUGUGUGUGUGUGUGUGUGUGUGUGUGUGUGUUUGGGUUUCAGUAAGUGUGGGUUUAUUUGCAUAAAAGUUCAUACCUCAA